UGCAGUUGCGCAGCUCGUCUCCAGGCCCGUUUCCCCUCCGUUCCCUGCCGCCUCCUGACGCCGGCGUGACGUCACCACGCCGAGCGGCCGCCAUUACAGAGAGCCGAGCUCCGGAGCCAAGGCGGUCGGAGAAGGAGGCGCAGCGGCCGGUGGCCGAGCACUGCGGAGAGAGCCAGCGGGCCAGCGCCCAGCAGCUGCCAGGGGCCACAGAAGUACCCCGGGAAUCGGCGGCGGCGUGUGCGUGUGGCCCGUGUGCGGGCGGCGGCGCGGUAGUAGCGCGGAGCGGCAGCCGGUUCGGGCGGGUGGCAUCAUGGACGAGAAGGUGUUCACGAAAGAGCUGGACCAGUGGAUCGAGCAGCUGAACGAGUGCAAGCAGCUGUCCGAAUCCCAGGUUAAGAGCCUCUGCGAGAAGGCUAAAGAAAUCCUGACAAAAGAAUCCAAUGUGCAAGAGGUUCGAUGUCCAGUCACUGUCUGUGGAGAUGUACAUGGGCAAUUUCAUGAUCUCAUGGAACUGUUUAGAAUUGGUGGCAAAUCACCAGAUACAAAUUACUUGUUUAUGGGAGAUUAUGUUGACAGAGGAUAUUAUUCAGUUGAAACAGUUACACUGCUUGUAGCUCUUAAGGUUCGUUACCGGGAACGCAUCACCAUUCUUCGAGGGAAUCACGAGAGCAGGCAGAUCACACAAGUUUAUGGUUUUUAUGAUGAGUGUUUAAGAAAAUAUGGAAAUGCAAAUGUUUGGAAAUAUUUUACAGAUCUUUUUGACUAUCUUCCUCUCACUGCCUUGGUGGAUGGGCAGAUCUUCUGUCUACAUGGUGGCCUCUCACCAUCUAUAGAUACACUGGAUCACAUCAGAGCACUUGAUCGCCUACAAGAAGUUCCCCAUGAGGGUCCGAUGUGUGACUUACUGUGGUCAGAUCCAGAUGAUCGUGGUGGUUGGGGUAUAUCUCCUCGAGGAGCUGGUUACACAUUUGGGCAAGAUAUUUCUGAGACAUUUAAUCAUGCCAAUGGCCUCACGUUGGUGUCUAGAGCUCACCAGCUGGUGAUGGAGGGAUAUAACUGGUGCCAUGAUCGGAAUGUAGUAACGAUUUUCAGUGCUCCAAACUAUUGUUAUCGUUGUGGUAACCAGGCUGCAAUCAUGGAACUUGAUGAUACUCUAAAAUAUUCUUUCUUGCAGUUUGAUCCAGCACCUCGUAGAGGCGAACCACAUGUUACUCGUCGUACCCCAGACUACUUCCUGUAAUGAAAUUUUAAACUUGUACAGUAUUGCCAUGAACCAUAUAUUGACCUAAUGGAAAUGGGAAGAGCAACAGUAACUCCAAAGUGUCAGAAAAUAGUUAACAUUCAAAAACUUGUUUUCACAUGGACCAAAAGAUGUGCCAUAUAAAAAUACAAAGCCUCUUGUCAUCAACAGCCGUGACCACUUUAGAAUGAACCAGUUCAUUGCAUGCUGAAGCGACAUUGUUGGUCAAGAAACCAGUUUCUGGCAUAGCGCUAUUUGUAGUUACUUUUGCUUUCUCUGAGAGACUGCAGAUAAUAAGAUGUAAACAUUAACACCUCGUGAAUACAAUUUAACUUCCAUUUAGCUAUAGCUUUACUUAGCAUGACUGUAGAUAAGGAUAGCAGCAAACAAUCAUUGGAGCUUAAUGAACAUUUUUAAAAAUAAGUACCAAGGCCUCCCCCCUACUUGUGAGUUUUGAAAUCGUUUUGUUUAUUUUCAGGGAAACCGUUUAAUUUAAUUGUAUGAUUUGUCUGCACUCAGUUUAUUCCCUUCUCAAAUCUCAGCCCCAUGUUGUUCUUUGUUAUUGUCAGAACCUGGUGAGUUGUUUUGAACAGAACUGUUUUCCCUCUCCUGUAAGACGAUGUUACUGCACAAGAGCACUGCAGUGUUUUUCAUAAUAAACUUGUGAACUAAGAACUGAGAAAGUCAAAUUUUAAUUGUAUCAAUGGACAAGACUGGUGCUGUUUAUUUAAAAAGAUUAAUCAAUUGAUAAAUUUUAGAAUUUGUAGAAUUCUAGGUAAAGAAAAAUAAAAAAAAUCAAGGCCACUACAUAAUCUCUCUGGUAACUCCUUGACAUUCUUGACAUAAACUUGAGGAUUUAUUUGUAUUGCAUACAGUAAAUUUGUCAGAUUGCUGGUUUGCUCUUUACUUGUCUGUAAGAAAGGAAAUCUAUGCUGCUUCAGUAAGACCUAAUUGUGAAACCUUAUUUAUAACUUGUGAGUUAAGUUUUUAGGCUUUUAUUUUACUCAAAAUGGCAUGUUUUUUAGGUAGAGCUUAAAUGAUGUGUUUACUUAGUGCAGUUUCUGGUUAUAAAUAUUAUAUUGCUAUGUAUAUUACAUGAAUUCUUGAAAGUGAUUGACAAAUUGGUAAGUUCUUGACAACUAUUUGUACAUUAUUUAAGUCAUGUUAAGAAAGCAGUGAAAACAUUAGCCUAUGUUAAAGUCACUUAAGUGAUAGUGAAAUGAAAUGGAAAACUAUUGUUGGAUCAUGGUUUAGUGUUACGUGCAUUGACCCAAAGAGAUAAGUGGCACUUGAAGUGCCAGUGUUCAACAUUUAAUGAAAAAUUUCCCCUUUUCUCCUUGGACUGGAAUUAGAAGCUAAAACAGUUCUGGGAACUGUCAUUUGAUUUUUUUUUUUUUUUUUUUUAAGCUACUGGGAUAAACUUCAGGACAUUUAAUCAUUACUUGUGUGAGUGUAGUAAAUAAAUGUUUCCUUACUUUGUACUGUGUUGAAUUUGGAACCAGUAGUGAAAGUAUAGCAUUUCCCUUUUUUAAGAAGCUUGAGGAAAAUACAUACAUAUACACAAUUUUGAAGUGUAUGUGUAUAAUUGAAAUACAUUUUCUUGAGUGGUCCACUUUUUAUCUGAUCUGAAUGAUAGUAUAUCUGGUGUAUGGGGUUAAUUGUCCAGAGCAAAAAGCCCUUAGUAUUUCUACAUGUUUCCAUUUAAUUAUUUUUGCUUUUAUAAGAAAUAUCUUUUUUUUUUUUUUUUUUUUUUUUUUUGCUUUGUCACUAUGUAUCCAACAGGACAAGCAGCCCAUCUAUGUUUAGUGGUUUUAAUGCAAUACCCAAGUGAUACUGACACCAAGCAACUGUUUUUCAGGUCCUAUGAUCAGAGAAUUGACUCUAAGGGAAUGCAUAUCUUGUAGUUAAUGAGGUACUGUCAUACAGAUACAGAUUCUUUAAAUCUUAUCAGCAGAAUGGGGACUUGUGAAAAUUGCUUUGGUUUUAGGAUAAUUGUUGGAUUGAAGAGAAUGACUGGGCUUUCCAUCUAAACUAGAAAGUGUUAUUAUUACCUUAUCUGCUAAUGAAAUGUGUGAAGAAAACAUGUUGGUGAGUGGUAAUUUCCUAUAAAAAUUUGUAAUUAUGUUUGGAUGGGAAUCACUUCAGUUGGGUGAUAUUGUCAGUUUCUAUUAGAAACAUGAGAAUAGGAUUUUCAUAACAAACUCUUUAAAAGAUACUUGGUUCUAAGAAUAAAGACCUGUCAAGAAUGAGUGUUCUAAAAAAAUGAAUGAACUGGACUGGUGGUGUAGCUCAGCAGCAGAGUACUUAUGUAGCAUGCAGGAGGUCUUGGGUUUAAUCCCUUACACCACAGAAGAAAGUUUUUGUUUUUGUUUUUUUAAAUUUUAUUAUCCCAUUUGUUUAUUAAAAUCUUUUUUAUUUUUACA